AUGGCACACAAAUCGAAGGCAGCACAAUUGAGAUUGGAGUACCACACUAAAAUAUUUGCCUCGAUGUGUCCCGACGAGAUCUUAGAUCACUAUGACGACUACCAAACUAGGAUGUACUAUACCACUCUGAUGCUAGGGGACGUGUCAGGUUUCACGGACCUCGCCGAGAAGUACACGAAAACCGGAAAGGGUGGUCCAUCGAAGUUGACGGAGACUUUGAACAGUUAUAUUGGAGCGAUGGUGCAGGAGAUACUUUCUCAUAAUGGCGACGUGUUGAAGUUUUCUGGAGACGCUUUUAUAGUGAUGUGGAAGCUUCACGAAGGGAUGAUGAUGAGGGACCUGGCUAUUGAAGCCAUGCAGACCGCUUGUAUCAUUCAGAAACAUUUUGGGACUUAUGAGACGGAUGUUGGAGUCGUUCUUAAGGUAAAAUUGGCGAUUGCCUCUGGGAAGACGUACUUCACUUCCAUUGGGAACCCAGACACCAGGUCUCAUUACAUCAUCACGGGACAACCGGUGUGGGAUGUUAAGUUCGCGGAAGGCCUCUGCAAGGGUGGAGAUAUCCUAGUGGCCCCCAGUAGCUGGCAAUGGGUGAAUCCGAACGAGUUCAUCCACGAAAAGCUUCCAGACGGCGUCCACACUCUGAUCCUCGCGUGCACCACCAUGUGGUACCAGCCUAAAGAGGAUGAUAUACCCAUAGGUUCCUCCGAAGACGAAGAUACAGAAUUCUACGCCGACACCGAAGACUCCCUGUUCAUCUCCAGUACAACGGUCGAUCCUCUAUCCAAGACACUCGUCUCCGGCGGUAGUUACAACAGCCAAAUUUUCAAGCAGGUCGACUACAGCUUACGUCCGAAAGUUGUGAAGAUAGCAAGAGCUCGGUUAAAGGACGCUCUCAGGAGUUACAUGCUGAGGCCUGUUGUGAGGUCCGUGGAGAUGGACGAACCUUUAGAGUACCUAACCGAAAUGAGGCAGGUGGUGAUACUGUUCAUUAAUGUCAUCACGUCGAAUGUUGGGAAGAGGACACUCAUUGCUUUGGUUAACGCCACGUACAAACAAGUCUGCCAAAUUGUGGACGAAAUGCACGGGUGCGUAAACAAAACCUCCCUCUUCGACAAGGAUCUGAUGUUCCUCUGCAUCUUCGGUCUGAGAGGCGACAAACACGAGCUGGAGUCCCAGAUAGGUCUCAGAUGUGCUUCCAAGGUUCGGAGUACCUUAGUAGAAGUGGAUAAUGUCAAGUCAGUGACUGUAGGUGUCACAACAGGGAUGACGUACUGUGGAGUUGUGGGUCAUAUCUUAAGGAGAGAGUACACUGUCAUUGGAAUGUCGGUGAACAAGGCUGCAAGACUCAUGGUGGCGUAUCGAGACAAGGUUGUUUGCGAUCGAGAAAGUUUUCUGCAUUCCCAUUUAGAAGCCAGGCACUUCAUUCUGCAGGAACCGAGGUAUCUGAAAGGAAUCACGAACAUCGGUCCCAUAUACGAGUUCCAGGAACAAUACACCGUGUCGGAUCUGGUUUGGAACAAGUACCCCUUGCUAGGUCGAGACACAGAAAUUAAGAUAUUCAGAAGUAUGCUGGUAAAACUGAUAGAGUACGCGAAGCUGAGAGACAAGGAAGACACUGCCAGGCCAAAAUACAACACCUUAAUCAUAAAAGGUGAACCACGAAUUGGGAAGACAAGAAUACUAGACGAGUUUACGCAGAACAUUCCUCUGGGAAUUCGCUGUAAUUACAUUUCCUUGCACACGGAGGACACCAAGGCCCCACACAGCUUGGCGCACCUAAUAUUCGCCGUGCCCCUCGGUUUCACCGUCACAUCCACCCGAAAAGAGCGCGAAGACAAGCUACUUUCCCAACUAGGCAAAGUGAAGCGUCCCCACUACCUCUGCGCCCUGAAUCAACCCUUCAACGUGCGUUUCUCGGUCAGCCGUCGAUACAAUUCGUUGACGGCAUUCGAGAAGCAGAAGGUUCUACGGAAAUUCUUGUCGAGACUGAUGAGGAGAAGCUUCACGGACCUUUGGAUCGUCAUCAUCGACGACGCGGAGUACAGCGAUCGAGAGUCCUUGAUGAUCUUCGACGUUUUUACCAGAAGAGACAACGUGUUCUUUGUGCUGGCUAUUGGAAUGAAGCUCAGCAGCGAGUUCAAGAUGAAUUCUGAGCUUCUGAGCAGAGCUAAGGUCAUCGAACUUCCCGGGAUCGACAGAUGGUACCACGCCGGCCUAGCCUGCCAGAUCCUCGACGUGACCGGCAUCCCAGCAGAGCUAGAAAAACUCAUACAAGAGAGGAGCUUCGGAAAUCCAGGCUGGAUCGAAAGCUACCUGGUGAGCCUCCUCCAAGUCGGAGGACUGGAGAUAAUAAACAUCAGCAAGAAGGAGGCGAAUAUAAAGGGCUACGUAUUACCUCCCAUAACGAUGCUAAAAAGGUACACAUUCACAUCAAAUAAUUUCUUUAAUAAUAGUUUUAAAUCCAAUAGAUUCAUGUCGCAAAUGAUGCCUGACCUGGGAGAAGACCGAGACGACAGGUGGCAGAUGUACAGAACGAGCUUCAAAUAUAAUACUACUAUGCCGACAUCUAGAACUGAUAGAGAAAAUGACGAGGCGAUAAUCGCGGUCUGUAAUUUGUCAGAGAAUUUCACUUACGACGAUGUUAAUCCGGAGAUCACCAUGGAUGUGAUGAUCUUGAAGCUGUUCGACUCCUUGACUCCUCUUGAUCAGCUGCUUCUGAAGUGUGCCUCCGUCAUUGGGGAAACCGUGAACAGACACAUGCUGGAACACCUGAUGUCUGUUACCUCUAAAAGAGAAGUUGGACUUGCUGUUUUGAAGCUGUUCGAGAUACGAGUGUUUGGCUGUGCGAUCGGAGACUUCUCCAGGAACACCGGUCCAAUAAUCUUCAUCAGAAACAUGCGGAAUCCCAGUUCAGAGAUAGACGUCUUCUGCAACUGCAUUGGCCUCAACAUUCCAGAGGAACUGGAAGACUUACCAAGAUAUGCGUCUUGUGGUCUGAUGAGGUUCAAGAUGACGAUGUUUCGAGACACCACAUAUCGGUUACUCACGGAGAAUCAAAAGAUGGAGCUCCACAGUCAGGCACUGAAGUAUCUCCAGCAGUACACGAGACGUUGCGUGUCCUGCGGCGAAGGACAGUUCGCGAAACUGCUGGGAAAGAUAUCUAAAAAAGAAGAACGAAGAAAGAGAACCACUAACAUAGACGAUAUUUUCGGAACAGUGAGGUUCGACGAGGAGCCCAUCACCAAAGAGAAGAAGAAAGGUGAGAAAUUGAUUGCUCCAAGAUGUAAUUACAGUUUGAUAAUUAUAACAGAACAGAAGCCAUUCCUCUCCUGCUUGAACAUCUUCCGACGCGUUGAGAAGAAGCCUACGGUUACGUUUUCAGACGUGGACUUCACAGAUUGCCAGUGUCAUCUGAUACUUAUGACAGUGUACACACAGAUCCUAGAACACUGUCGAGGAAUUGGAAACACUGAGAUGACACUAACCGCCAUUUUGGAGUUCGUCGAAAUCUGCCUGGUGAACUACAACAUACCGCAAGCUCGAAAGCUUCUCACAGAAGGAGAGACAGUUCUGAGCGAGCUGUUCAAGUCCAAAGAGGAUGAAAUGGUGCUGCUACCUUACUUCACCGCCAAGAUUCAAACUCUUCAAGGUCAGUGUUUCCUUGAGACCGGUUCCAUAUUCGAGGCGGAGCAUAUCCUGGAAUUGGCGCUGGAAAAUUUGGGAUACAAGUUCCCCAGGAUCGAGGUGGUGAUCGACAUGAAUUCGAUGAUGCAGCUGACUAAGCUUAAGAUGAACCUUGCGUACACGAAGGAUUGGAAUAUGGACACCGAUGAGGAGGCGGCGAGCAGCGAGUACACGGAACAGCUGGCUGUGUGCUUGGCUCGCAUGUUUGACCUCUUCAGGAUCAAAGGUAUGAAGAAGCACGCACGUCUGGCAUCGAUCUGGAGCCUGAACGCCGCUCUAGCAUCCAACAGAAACCUCUUCGUCCUCUCAACCUCCUACAAAAACAUGCUAAUCACCGCCCACAUGUACCAAGACAGAUCCGUGAUACCACACCUGGAGCAAAGAAGCAUCAACAUCUGCAGCGAAAGCAAAGAAGCUCUCGAAGCGCAGGAACUGAACAUGGUAGCCGAACUGUACACGGGAAUAUUCUUCUCACGCUGGGUCAGAGGACAGAUAUCGAAGGCCACCCGAAUAGGCUUCAUCUGCAGCAGAAUAGCCACCGCCAUCGGCUCCAUGUAUCUGCAACUGCUGAUCUUUCCUAGGCUGGCGCAUCUUCUGAUGGUCUCGUGCCGGCACCCUGAAGUGGUCACUCAGCUCCGUGAAUUAGAGUUUGUGUCGAGAAAUGAUCUGGACAAGUCAGCACGUACCUGGUACUACGCACUGUGCGCUGAUGUUCACUUGGACACGGGGUUGACGGUUCUGUCCUUCCAGUCUUGCGAGAAGUAUUUUCUGCGGGAGGGUGAGCAGAUGAUUAGUCUGCACGACCCGGAGGCGGAGAGGCGGUACUUUAUUUCCAUGUGGCUCUGGUGUGUCAGGACCGAACAGUGGGAGGCUGCUAGAGUCUGGAGUGGAAGGAGCGUGGACAGUGCACCCAUCAUGGACGAGCACACAGUGGCAGCAACGAUUACAUCCUGUAAAAAGCUUGAGGGUCUACUAAUUUUGUAUGUUCACAGAGUAAACAGCAGAAACGCUGCCGCCACUGCAACCAUGACGGAAAUAAAAGCCUUGUUAAAAGAAAUAAAAGACGUCGUCAAGAUUGUUCGAAUAGCGAUUCCCAGGUACAUGUUAAUGAAAGCGUACUACUACAUGAUACAAUUCCACAAGAGCACAGCAUUGAGCUUGCUGAGGAGGUUGAAGAAAGUGUGUCUGAAGGUGGAGAACAAAAUGAUACACGUGUGGGCGAUGCAUUGUGAAAAGGUUUUAUUUUACUAACUUGCUGUGUUUUUUGGUUAAUAAAAAUUGUUCGUAGGCGUGGUCGGGUGGAAUAUCUCCUGUUCAGCAGGAUAUGUGGAACGAAAAUGCGAAGAGUCCGGUGGACGUCGAGUGGGAUGAAAUUAACGUGAACGAGUCGACGAUGGUUUCCUUCACUUUCCCUCUACCUAAAUAUCGCAAUUGAAAUAAAUUGAUACUCUUCAAUAUUUGUUGCAAAAAACGAUCGAAGUUCAGUAGAUAUUGUAAUUUGCGAUUCGUGAAUCCCUUCUCGAUGCGUUACGCUACAGAUGCCUCUAACCACCUAAGAAAUCUGGGCUACGCACGUGCAAAUGUACCGUAAUAAUAAUUGUUGCCUUAAUUAUAGACGUGGUUUAUGCGUAGAUACAGCGUGCUCAUCACGCUUUUUACGUGAAGCGAGAGCGGUUCCUUCGAAAGCAUCCUGCGAGGAUAAUGGGCCGCCAUUGUUCGAAGAUGACGCCUCCGAGCGUCAUUAGCGAAUUUUUAGCCUGAAGCUGCUGGCUAAACUGUAAUCUGUUCCCGUUUAAUAAUCAUUAACAUCAUUAAAUCAUCGUGGAAUGUUUAAUCGAGGUUGCAUUUUACAUAAAAUUUAAUUAAGUUGGAUUUAAUUGAAAACAGUGUUCGCGAAGAAUGCAGAAUAAUUUUAAAUUUAUUCGAAGUUAGAGACAUGAAGAUUCGAUAUUCUGAUGAAAUCGUAACACCUUAAAUCACGGCAUUUAGCUCGUAAUGGAAUUCCAUCUCACGCUCAUUGAUCGUUCCGCACCAUUUAUCCUACGCGAUUGUUGUUGCGAUCUUGAUAAGAUCAUCGCGAUAGUCACAGACGAACGCCGACAAAUUAAUUGUGCAGCAAAAAGUAAACAAUUUAUUAUGCAUAUGAAAUGCUCCCGUGCCUCGAAUCGCUCGUGCCUAGAAUCAAAGGGGAAUUCUUAAAAGAUAUUAAAACGGGACGAACAAUUUCGAGGAAAAAAGUCAUGCGUUGAAAUUCAUGGUGCUCCGUGCACG